ACCACAUAGGAAGUGUUCUUGCUCUCUGCAUCAUCUUGAUCACACCAGCCGCUACCCAUGCAUUUGGGAACAGAGUUUACUGGGAUAAGAUGUUACCUAACUCUUCCAUCCUAAGAGCCAUUUUGGACCUUGAUGAACUGGACAAAGAAAAGUUCAACGUUGAUCUCAAUGAUGCAGUGAACGGCUUGGGGUAUAGUCUUAAUGGAUACGUUGACAGUGAGGCACCAGUCCAUGUCCCUGAUGUAUUUAAUGGAACACUCUUCUUUUUAGAAAAGGAAGUGAUUCCAGGUUCCAAACUCCACCUCCGGUUCACCAAGAUGUUCUCUAGUUCACCUUUAAUAUCUCGUUUACAGGCAAAUACUAUCCCAUUCGCAGCAAACAAAUUGCUGGAGAUCCUAACUGAUCAUAUUCAUGUCAAACCAACAUCUGUUACCGCUUCUGUCAUGAACAAGACUCUCAUAGAGUGUGAGGAGCCAGCAUUGGAGGGAGAGAGCAAGCACUGUGCUACGUUGUUGGAGUCCAUGGUGGAAUUUCAUCAUGCUGAAGAUAAACUGGUGGCGGCGUGCCACUCAAGGCCUUACCCGUAUGCAGUGUUUUACUGCCACGCAGCAGGGGAGACCAAGGCGUACACGAUGGCAUUGGAAGGUGAUGGGACGAAGGUGGAGGCUGUUGCUGUAUGCCAUUUGGACACUUCUAAAUGGAACCCAAAGCACUUGGCUUUCCAGGUGCUCAAAGUCAAACCUGGGAGCGUGCCGAUUUGUCACUUCAUGCCAAAGGAAGAUGUUUUGUGGACCAUUAGGAACUAG